AUGUCAUCCAGUCAGCAGGAGGUGAACCCAAAGUUCAAACAUUUACUUUUGAAAGCCUGCAUUAAACAAGAACAUUUAACCCAAAUUCAAUUCAAAGAACUUGAGAGCAUAUUUUUAUCCGUCCACUGGAUGCUAUCCACUUAUGGCCUUCUUCGGUUUCCUCCAACCACACACCCAAUACAGCCGAUUCCAAAAAAAUCGGCCAUUUUGAUCCACUUGGAGCCACCAAACACCGGACAUUGCAACCCCAAAGCCAGCGUGACGCGUGACCGGUUGUUGGUCGUGCCAGUACAGUAUCCCACUCCAUCCCCAAGUCCCCAAACGCCAUCAUCAUCCUUAACAACCCAGGGAGGAUUCGAUGCCCUGGGAAAAUCUUCGUUUCAUGGAGUCAAGGAUGCAUUACAAGCACUCAUUAUUGCUACAGGGCUUGUCGGGACCAUAGCCAGCGCGUCAUAUUAUGGGUUAAGAAGGCAACAGGCAUCCAAACUAUGCCAGAAUUCUCUAAAUUUAUGCGUCAACCCGUACGUUUCCAGAGAUGAAUACGAGGCUACCCGACCGAGCGGGAAUCCAAGGGUAGACGCAGUGGAAGAUCGCCUGCGCCAGGCAUAUCUGGAUGGAGGUUUGACACGGUGGGGCGACCAGAUCUGGAAGGAGCUAGAGGGGGAGUUGGAGGAGAGCAAUAGGUCAAAGGGCUAA